AGCGAUGUGUUACGCGCUCCUGCUGUAGAAAAAACAGAGAAGGAAAACUUCAUAGAAAUGGCGGAGGGUGCUACGACUCUCAAAGGCUUGCGAGCCCAAAUGGCUGCAGCUGCACAGGCACAAGCUGAGGAGCGGCGCAGCUUGGCAGGGAACAGCCCAGGACCUACAACCAACACACCACCAGCUAAACCUCAGGGGUGUAAGCCAGUCAUUGACGGUGCCUCACUUAGAAUAGACGAUCGACUGCGAGUGGCAAAAGAGAGGCGAGAGGAGGCAGAGAAACAACAGGCUUUGCGAGAGUCUCAGAUCAUGGAGCGGGAGCGCAAGGCCAAGCUGCAAGUGGAGCGUCAGAUGGAAGAACGUCAGAAAAAAGUUGAGGAUCAGCGAAGGAAGGAGGAGCAGAAGCGAUUGGCCGUGGAGGAGAAGAGGAAGCAGAAACAGGAAGAGGAAAAGGAGCACUACGAGGCAGUGAUGAGGCGGACACUGGAGCGUAGUCAGCGAGUGGAGCAGCGACAGAAAAGGUGGUCUUGGGGAGGACUAUCCCCAGACUCAGAUGGACGAACAGGAGAUUCUGAUGCCAGUGCCUCAUCUCCAGUAACUAUAGUUAUCUCCUCUGCCUCGCCAGAAAAGCCACCGAGGAAUCGACAAGUGGACAAGCGCUCCACAUCCACCAUGAACCUGAAACAGCCAUCUGAGGCUGGCAUCAGCAAACGCCUAUCCUCCUCCUCUGCUACCCUCAUCAAAUCACCUGACAAACGUGUUAAACCAAGGAGUUCAUCUUGUAACCGGUUGCCUAGCAAUGGCAAUGCUGCUCAGGCCAGUAAGGAAGACGGCAAAAAGCUUCAGGUGGAACAGACAGGCCGUUCUGUGAAGAAGAGAAGUACCUCCCUUACGCGAGUAAGUGUGGGCAGAGCACAGACCCCUGCCAAGCCUGAUAAGGGGACAACGGAUGAUCAAGCUCGCAGGGCACCGGCCAGUACUGUGGAUGGAGGGGUCCUUAGUCGCCUGCUCACCCCCACCCAGGCCUCACUAGCUAGGAGCAAGAGUGCCGCCGCCCUGUCCGCUGAAGGAACAGAUGCUCCAGAGUGUCACCUGUGUCCUCGCUCAGCCUCAGCCAGUCCCCUGCACCCGCCACGUGGACCCGUGCGCAGCCGCAGCAUUGACCGACAGAAGAGCGGCAUGACCACGUCUGUGUCGGCCGAUGGAGCUCUCGACCCUUCAAUGAAGGACAAGCACUUAUCUACAUCUGGGGGCCAACGUCCUGCCUCCCCAUCCACUUCCCUGGGACGCAACCGCUCACCGUCUCCAGCCCCAAAUCCAGCUCCAAAGAGGACACCUUCCCCAGCAGCAUCCAAGCAAAGUCCUAAGAUGCGUCCACCCUCGCCAGGCGCAAUGAAACAACGGCCCCCAUCUCCCCAGCCGACAUCAAGCAAGCCCCCACCCAUCCAAAAGCAAUCACUCACUCCAACAGGGCCCCCAACCUUGCGAAAGAGGGACUCCAAAUCCAAGGAUCUAUGUCCUGUUCAGGCUGUGGCUUCACAGUCCUCUGAUUCCAGCAAGACCAAAGACAAAGAUGACUCAAAGGCUGGCACUAACUCGGCCGCUGAGGCAGCCAAGAUCCUGGCGGAAAACCGCAGACUGAUGCGAGAACAGAAGGAGAAAGAGGAGCAGCUUAGGAUACAGAGGGAGGAAGAGGAGAGGCUGAGAAAGGAAGAAGAGAAACGUUUAGCGGAGGAGGCUCGACUGAAACGCCUCGAGGAGGAAAAGAAGCUUGCAGAGGAGAGAAAAAUUAAAGAAGAAGAAGAAGCUCGUCUAGCAGAAGAGGAACGGGUGAAACUAGCAGAAGAGGAAGCACUAAAGCAGGCCGAGCUUCAGAAGGAACGGGAGGAGGCUGAAGCGAAGGCCCAAGAGGAGGCCGAAAGAGUCCGUCAGGAGAGAGAUCGCAUUAUGCAGCAGAACCAGCAAGAACGUAUGGAAAGGAAGAAGAGAAUUGAAGAAAUAAUGAAGAGAACCAGGAAAGGGGACCAAAAUGACUUAAAGAGAGAUGAUGAUGAUGAUGAUAAAUGCUCACAGGAGAAUGAAGACGAGGAAGUGGAUGACAUAAACUGUGAAACCAAAACCCAUACAGAUGAGCUAGCCAUGGAAGCUGACAAAGAUGAGUGUGAUAUGUCCACUGGUGAGCCUGCUCCACGAGAAGAGCCUCUGGGCAGUGUGAAUGGAAAGUCAGAAACAGACAACAAGGAGAAUAACAACGGCACAAGCACAGAUGAGACUCAGGCAGGAAGUCUGGUGCCGAAGGGCCGCCUCGUCGAGGGCUCCGAGUUCCUGAAUGAGCAGGAAUCCACCAAGGUGGGGCUGGUCUCAGGCCUCAACGGUAAGCCCAACCAGUGGAGCUUUGAGGAACUCAUCGACCUCAACGUGCACUCCAAGACCCGACCCCUCAUCGAGACAGAGGACUGUAACCAGAUCAACUGUGACGAGAGCUCGGAUGGGACCAGGGUAGCCUUCGAAGACAAGGGAGCCCCCAUCAAUACCUUGCAUUCCUCUAAUCAACCCAUAGAAGCCUUGUCAGAGAUGUGAUGCUGCAGCCAUCGCUGAGAAUCCUCUUACUGUUGCACUCCGAAAGUUGAUGUCCAGCUGAGCUCUUAAGAAAAAAAAAAUCCUCCAUCAGUUCCAAACCGUUUCUUCCUCCUCCUAUUCCAGAGGAAGGAGCACAAGGUGAAGUGGAAAGACACCCUAAGUGCUACAUUUGCACCCUACAUGAUGAGGAAAUAAGUAUAUUAAAUUAUAUAUUUAAAAGAAAACAAAAAACAUUAUGCUUCAGGGAAAUUCUGUAUCUUCCUUCAGCAUGCUUGCUCCAGGUCUCUUUCCUCUUCCUCUUGUGUUUAGUUCUUCGCAAAAUUUUUUGUCAAUGUUGUGUCCGAUUUGAUGAUGUUUUUUAAGAAUUUUGUCCUUGUCAGGGGUGCGUUGUUGUAAUUUAUUAAUUUUGGCUUCUUUGUUAUUGUAAUUAUUGUUAUCAUAUGUUUAGUCUUUUUUUUUUCUUCUUCUCUUAUAUGAGAAUAUUCCAGGACACAUGCACAUUAGGCUGUGUGAAUUAUAUCGUGAAAUAAUGGAGGAAACAUUCUGUUGUGUCGGGGUUUGGGUCGGGAUAACAUCCUAGGUUUUGCAUGUGAUUCAUCGAAAUUUACUUGACCGGCUGCUUUUCGUAGCAUCCAGCAAAUAUGGCCUUACCAUUUAUUUUUUGCCCAAAUAUGGAUUUUUAAGUGCGAAUAUACUAAAAUGUUUGUGCUGCAGCUCAUACACGCACAGUUUAGCAACCUCCCGUCAUGUGAGUGGAAUCACGCUUCACUUCAUUUGCCCUUUCAGCCCCUUUUUUCAUGAUUGUGUCCCAAAAUUUCUCACCUCGUGUUGUGUUUUCUUCUUCGGCCACUAGAGGGCGUCAGUAGCACGACUGUUACAUUACAGGUGAAAAGUGUUGAGAUUCAUGACAAAACCGAGUUUCAGCGGUGUGUUGAUUUGGGGCUCAUGGUCAUAUUAGGUUUUUGCUAUUUUUUACAUAUGUAUAUAGAAUUAAUGUUUACUAACACCAUUGUAAUUUACAUGAGAGCUGAGUUGGUUUUAUUGUCCACUGCACCUGUACCACACAAUAACCUGAAGCUGUAACACACUAACUCAAAGCACAGGCAAAACCCAUUGGUUUCAUUCAUCACGGUAUGUUCCUGAACUUGAACUUGAACGUUUAACUAUUCUUUCAUAAUGUCCGGAGUUCACCUUUGCUAAAACCAGAAAUCAAACUUGGUUUUAGCUUUACAGAAACUACAACGUCCACUUCGAUGACCGUUCUCUCACCGGCGUGGCCUCGUCAGUGAUUCUGCUUCUUUACUCUAAAAUUCCCGUCACACUAGCUGCUACAUCUUACAGAACUCAUUUCAACUAUUUUUUAUAGUAUAAAAAUUUGGCUGUUUGUUUAUAUAUGAAAAUACAUUUCUACAUAUAUUUAAGUGUUAUUGUAUUGUGUAUAUAAUCAGUAUUAGGCAAAUGAAGCCAUGUGUAGGAUGGGGGAGGGGGUGGCACAGGAUGUGGAUAAUUGAAGUCUCUGUGCUUAUUUGUGAAGUUUCGGUUCAACCGGUGCCCUGCGAUGGAGUUGUCAGGUUGGCUUUGGGCAGCCUGGAGACUUUUCAGAACUUACAUUAAACACUCAUAAGAGCUCUGUAAAACAAGGGGCCAAGCGGGGACCUACUGCAUGUUUCCCAAGAUAUAUGGUGUGUGUAACUGUGUUUGCGUUAAUUAAGCUUUCAGACCUAUAGUCGCAAGCUCGAAUUCCUAAUAUUGCCUCGGAAAGACGAAGUGAGUCCGGAUGACGAGAAGUGUUGUUUCGGUGUUUAGUGACAUGUUCAACACAUGAUAUGAGUCGCGGCUGCCGGUGCUUCUAAUGUCACAUUUAAAAUGAUGUGGGAGGAUGUUGUUGAAUAGCUAUGGUAGGCAUAUCAGCUCAGGUUUCAACUGUUCUACUGUCGUAUGAGGAGGGCACGUCCACCAAACACAAUAUGACAUAGCUCAGACUUGUUUUCUAUAAUGUUUUCUGUCUGUUCUUGAUGUUUCAUGAACUGUAUUGAAAUCUUGAAAUUCCCUUUGCUUGAAUAGUCCAAGCACAAGGUUUGGGGACCUUGAUUUUUUUGCCUUGUUCUCUGCUGGCUGACUAAAAUCUCUCUGUAUAUAAAGACUCUGGGCUUUCAGAUCCUAGCUUUGAUUAAUAAGCUCAAAGAAUGUAACAGACUCCAUAAACCGUCCUGCAUUAUUUACCACGUCUCUCAGAGCUGCUCGCUUUUAGCUUUCAUACAUUAUUCAUCUAGGAAACAUGAGACUCUUUGCACUGUCGCAAAUUGCUUGCUAUGUUUAAGGAAUGGUUACUGAGGAGUAGCUUUACUGUACAGACUCCUAGCAAAGCUGUGUGUGAUAUUUCAGGAAGAAAACAGUAAUUUGUGUGUGGAUCUGUGAUUUGUUCUCAUCCAGAUGUUUUAGGAGUCUCAUUCAUAACCCAGAACUUGCCUAUACCCGAACUUCUCCCUCAAAUCUUUCCUACUCCACUUUCCACUCGUGAGUAGCACCUGUUUGGGGGGCUGUUGUAGUUGCUGCUUGAAUAGAUAUUGUACCUAUUCCAGGUCCUGCUGCAUCUUUGAGGGCUCGACUACUGAGCUGACAGCUCUUAGUCCUCAGCGUUGUCUAUUAUGAUAGGGUAGAACGGUGCCUUAGAUUGAGAUUUAGUAUUUUUAUUGUAUCACAGUCAACCAAGACAGCUUGUCCUUACCUCGGCCUCGACAAUCAGUCUACCCAGCCAGGGCAAUUUUGUGAAUAUGAAUAUUUCUCUGGAAGAUUUACUAACAAUGCCCUGUCCACAAAUAAAAUUUGUACUGUAAAUAUAUCUAAAGUGUACUGAGAUGAUACAGACUGUUAAAACAAUAAAGACUUGCAAAGUA